CACUUCUGAACUCUUCCUCUGUCCUCUGUUGGCACGAACAGAAAGAGGCUUCAAAAGAUCCAAAACCCCACCUUUUGCUUUUCAAUGCCUUCACCUCUCUAUAAGCAAAAGACACCCAUCUCUCUCUUUAGCUUUCUUGGAACCCGAGCGCUCUCUCUCUCUCUCUCUCUCUCAAACUUAGUACAAUGAGAAGGGGGAAGAGGUGCUUAUAAUUGAAAGGGUUCUCUGAUAUAAUGGCGGUUGUGAUGAUGGGUGGGGAUGAGAACAACCCAAUGUUUCAUGAUUUCUUGGGGAUGAGCUCUGGCGAUGGUGAUGAUAAUGGCUCCCCUGCUGUUAACAAAGGAGGAGAAAGGGAAAUGGAUGGAGAGAUUUCUGCUGGGAUUUCUUCAGAGAGGCCCGGGACAAAUAAUUCUGAGGUGUUUCACUUUCAUGGUACAAAGAAUGUUAUCUCGGAGCCAGAGGCUAGUAAUGCACUUUCAGGAAGAAAAAGGAGCAGCUUGUCCUCAUAUAUGAGUUUAAUAAGAGAGAAGAUGCUUUCGUUAGAAUCAGAUUCCCUUGAGAGUUCAUGUCUAAUGAAGACAUUUGGAAAAUCACAUGAUGAGGAUGAGAUGCCCUAUUCAAUUCAACUACCACCGAGAUCGGCUUCUUCGCUUUUAUUACAUCCACCUCUUGUUGGUAGAGCGGACACACUUAUUUCAAAAUGGGAUCGUUCUCCCGUUAACCCUGGCAUUAUGGGUCAAAGUGGGGCAAAUAUCAAUAAGUUUUCUUCGUCCUGUUCAUAUAAAGAUGUUAAUGUGGGUGCAACACUUAUACCCCAAGCUGCAGCAGAUGAAGGUUCUAGAACAGGAAUGAGAGGCUCUGGGAUUUUGAAUAUUAUUAACUCAAGUAGCAGUGGAGCUUGUGAGCUAAAGACGGCCGGGUCCCUCCCUUAUACUAACAGAUCUAAGGCUCCCCAAAUUGUUGAACCUGAAUCUUCUAAUGUGCCAGGUCGUUAUAACUUGGCAUCUUCCACCCGGCAGAUGACUAUAUUUUAUGCUGGUCAAGCACAUGUUUUUGAUGAUGUUCAUCCAAAUAAGGCUGAUGUUAUAAUGGCUUUGGCUGGAUCAAGUGGAGUCUCAUGGACUACUAACUGCUCUUUAAAGCCUGGUGUUUCUCCACCAGUCAACGUAGCUAUAGCUCCUAGAAAAGAGAAUGAGUUGCCAAAUAAUAACAACUUUCGAGUUCCUGCUCGAGGGCUUGUAAGUCAAGUUUCACAAAUUCCACUUACGAAUGAUCUACAGAGCCUAGCACCUGGGGUUCGUCAAGGUGAUAGAGCAGGCAGAAAAGCAGUGGAAUCUGAUAGAGACGGUAAAAAAGAUGCUUGAUAGAGGUCAGAGCCUCUUGCUCUGAGAAGCAUCAUUUGUUUUCAAGUUGGUAAUUUCAGGUUAAUAUGCUGUAUAUCAUUAAGCCUAUCCAUCUUGUAAGCUCAUAUCAGAUGAUUUUAUGUUUUCCUGACUUUUUGGUUAACGAAAGUAAAUCUUUCUUGGCAUA